AUGGCUAUUCAACCCAAAUGGAAGCUCUUCCUAUGGAGACUUUUUCAUGAUAGUAUUGCAGUUAAAGCUAAUUUAGCUAGAAGGGGAAUUCAAAUUGAUGAGAUGUGUGAUCUUUGUGGGUGGAAUCAGAGGGCAGCCAACACCUGCUUAGAUUCUGUCUUCUGGCAAAGGAACGAGGAUGGGAAGCGUAGUCACCGUUGUGCUUUGUUUAUUGCAACCUUAUGGGGACUAUGGAAGGUACGAAAUGAAAGAUGUUUCAAGGGUGCUAGAGGUACGACGGGGCUAGUGGUGGAACUUAUUAAUUUAGCAAUAAAAGAACAUGAGGUUUUUACAGAACAGGGGAACUCGACUAAUGUAGUGGAAGCCAUCAAUGAGAAUGAUCCAAUCAUCCCUCCUGGGUUCAAUUAUAUUCAUCUAGGGAAAGAGAAGGUAGGUUUUGAUGACUUCAUAGUGGAAGUAGAUGGGUCCUGGGAUAAAAAAUCUACAAGAGCAGGGAUUGGUUGGGCGGUCAAGGCCAAUGCCAAGGGCUACGAUAUGCAAGAAGGUGGGAGACAUGGAGCAACCUCUUCAGCUCUUCAUUCUGAAGCUCGGGCUUGUCUAGAAGCAUUGAAAUGGGCUAAAGCCAAAGGAUAUCAAGGGAUCCUCAUUUUAUCUGACUCGAUAUCCCUUAUGGAUAACUUACAAGAUGAUCUAGGCAAGGAUGUUCAGAUAACCUGGGUAUUAAAAGAGAUAAGGGAUAUUGGGUUGACGUUCCGAAGAUGUACAAUAUUAAAAGUUCGUAGGGAUCAAGUUCAAAGGUCGGAUGACGUUGCAAGGAAAUGUCGGCUAACCCUGUCUGAUUAUAUGUAG